UCCCAGGGAGAACAGGUUGUGCGAAAAACAAACCUGAGAUCACACCCAAUUUACCUGGAGUCAUUAGCAUGUCCAAUCACAUCAGGCAUCAGAUCGGUGGGGGGGAAAGAGAGCCAAACAGACACACACAAAAAAAUCCACAGCGACAGCCCAAUCGUAUUGAAACCCUCAAUACACUCUGAAUCGCAGCAAACACAACUGGCCGAGUGAGUUCGAGAAUAAACAAAAACAUUUCAGAAAAACCCGUUCUGCUCCCGCUCUGUGCGGAGACGCUGGCGGUUCAGGUUUGCCCGAACAUUGACCGAACUUGAAAGUCCAGUUUGUAUGUGUGUGUAGGGGAGAAGAAAAUGACACAGGAACACGACAACAAGAGAGCAGUUUUGGUGCUACAGAAUGAGCAGCUUUAUCCUCAGAGGCGCUCAUAUACCAGUGAAGAUGAGGCUUGGAAAUCCUUCCUAGAAAAUCCUCUGACUGCUGCCACCAAGGCCAUGAUGAGCAUCAAUGGAGAUGAUGAUAGUGCUGCAGCUUUGGGUUUACUGUAUGAUUAUUACAAGGUUCCCAGGGAGAAGAGGACAAUACCACCAGAGAAAAAUUCCAGUACUGACCCUGAGCACAAUAAAAGAUUGCUAACCCCCAUGCAUCUCCCUCGCACUAGAAGGGGAGUGCGGUCAGGGAUGCUGUCUUCUACACAGCCAGCUUCAAUGCUGCUCUAUGAUCGUCCAGAAGGAGCCACAAUUCAAACCGGGAAUUGCAUGCUGUCUGCAACAGAUCACCCAGUCAUUUCCACCGCAGAUAAUCGAGUGCAACAACUGAGAGUUUUGCCAGUCAAUCUGGUGUUGCCUGGCCACUCCGUCGGACACGAUAAAGUAAAUCAGUUUACAAACACAGACACUACUGUCACUGUCUCUGUCACAACAGUACCAACACAAUCUAUUAAAACCGAAAUGAACCCUAAUAACUUUUCUGUGGGAAUGCUGCCAACAUCAUAUUGCAGCGAGCCUCCUGAGCGCUCGGUCAUUCAUGAUCGAAAUCCUCAUGGUGACCACUUUGCCUCAACUGCACAGUCACAGAGAAGAACUCCAGACACAACUUUCACAGAGAAUUUCAAGGAAGGCACUCAAGAGGUAUUUGGCUUUCCUACGGAUCUCCAUGUACGAAUGCCCACUAUGAAUUCAGAGGAGUAUGCCUUUGAUAGAAUGAGAAGUACAUUUGAAUAUGUUUUGGAAGCUUCCAAAUCACUUAAACAAAAGACAGGUGAUGGAACCAUGACUUAUUUGAACAAAGGACAGUUUUAUCCCAUCACACUCAAAGAAGUGGGUUCCAAUGAAGAAAUCCAUCAUCCAGUCAGCAAAGUCAGAAGUGUGAUAAUGGUUGUUUUUGGUGAUGAUAAAAUCCGUGAUGAGCAACUUAGGCACUGGAAAUACUGGCACUCCCGGCAGCAUACUGCGAAACAGCGCUGCAUUGACAUUGCUGAUUACAAAGAAAGUUUCAACACAAUUAGCAACAUUGAAGAAAUCGCUUACAAUGCCAUCUCCUUUACAUGGGACAUCAAUGAUGAAGCUAAGAUUUUCAUCUCGGUCAACUGUCUGAGCACAGACUUCUCAUCUCAAAAAGGAGUCAAAGGUCUGCCAUUGAACAUCCAGAUUGAUACGUACAGUUACAACACUCGAAGCAACAAACCCAUCCACAGGGCCUAUUGUCAGAUUAAAGUUUUCUGUGACAAGGGUGCUGAACGCAAGAUACGUGAUGAGGAGCGAAAGCAAUCUCGUAAAAAGUCCAAAUCUAAUGAUGGCAGUUCUCAUUUAAAUACCUUCCAGGACCAAAAAUUACAGCUGAUCCCCAACUUCAAGCAGAUGGAGGCCACGAUCUUCAAGUCCAUUCCUGACCUCGUCACCCAACCAGUUCUUUUCAUCCCUGAUGUCCAGCAACGAGCUGUUCAUGGAUUCCCUGUUGGAGCUGAUGAGCUUGAAGGCGAGGGAUCAGGGCUCAAAAGGCUGUCGUUCCUGCCUGAAGAUGAUUUUGUUUCACCCAAUAAGAUCCUCAGGAUAGAAGAACCAAAUAAAGUUUUACUUUACGUCAGGAAGGAAUGCGAAGAGGUGUUUGAUGCACUAAUGUUGAAAACUCCUUCUCUAAAAGGCCUAAUGGAGGCAAUUUCAGAAAAAUAUGAAGUACCCCUGGAAAAAAUUGCAAAAGUCUACAAGAAAUGCAAGAAAGGAAUCUUGGUGAACAUGGAUGAUAAUAUAGUGAAGCACUAUUCCAAUGAAGACACAUUCCAACUAAGCAUUGAAGAAAUUGCAGGAUCCUACAAGCUCACUCUUGCUGAAAUAUGAAGAGAAUUGAGUAAUGGUUAUCUAUUAUCUCGUUGUCAGUCCUAUGCGUUUAUUGGCCAGGCUAAUGCCACUCAAUCAUUAUGGAAAUAGAGGAAAAGAGGAACAAAAUACAGUGUGAAAAUACAUAUGAUAUAUACAAGACAUACCCUGUAAGUCAAUACCAACCUUCAAAGCAAAAGUCUAUAAUAUUGCAGCAAGUGUUUAUUUGUAAUCAGCAUCAUUUGAGAUAAUAUGUUGCAAUAAAGUAACAGCUAAUUGCUCCUGUGUAAUGACACUCAAGUUUCCACAAUGAUUUCUCCCGUGCUUUUUGUCCUCUAAUCCUCAAUUAAAUUCUUCAUUACUGUGACAGCUAUGUUGAUGUAAAAGAAAGAACAAAAUGCAUACAGUAUAUCAAUAUAUGUUAACCAAAGAACAGUUGCAAUAAAGCCCAUGUCCUUGUUAGUCUUGUAUAUAUUACAUAUGUAAAGAAACAAUAAGCGCAUAGCAGUGUCUUUCAGAGAUGGAGCACAACUUGGCGUUCAGGUGAUUGGUUGAACACCUUGAUGUGUUACAACCUUGUAAAAGAUGCCUCAGUGAUUGUGUAUCCUAUAUUUUUAUUAUGGAAGGUAAAUAUUGUUUUGUCUCAAUUUGUGUCUUGUCUUAAGUUCAGAUUUUAGAGAUUCGAAUGUUACAUUUUAUAACUUAAAAAUCAACUGCAGGAACUAGCAUUUGAGACAAAGCACUUGGAAGAAUGUCCCUGUUUCACUUUCACACAAACAGUGGUUAGACGCCUAUCUAUAGGUGUCGGAAUGCCUUAGCUACAGGAAAGUGCAGUGAACGGCUGAAGAAGCCAGAGUUCAAGCCAUGUUUUUUUGUGUAUAUUAAGUGCAAUAUAUUAUCACAGAAAUAUAUAACUUUGUACAACCUUUUUCAUUGUCAUUUACAAAAAGAAAAGGUUUAUUAAGGAUGAGGGUCUGGGUCUUUACAUUUUAAAGAUAAAUUGUAUUGUUUAAUUUUAUUUAAUAAGAAAAACCUCAACUGUACUUCUAAAUGUUUACUAUGGAACAGUUUUGUUUUAAUGUAGAAAACAGUUAAGGCUAAUUUAAAAUUGUUUUGGGACUCCUGGGAAACUGUAAAGGGUUGUUAAACCUGCAGUUUUCUUUUCCAGUAAUCUGCCAACUUGAGGUCAGGUUAGUGUUUUGUUUUAAACAAAUAGUCUGCUCUGACUACGCACUCCCUUUGACAGCAAUUUCAAUGUGUAAGUCAAUGUCUUUGUAAGUGGUAUCACCACAAUGGAGCAAUUACAGAAAUGCUAGCAUUAACUUGUUCAACUCUAGGUUGCUAUGUAAAACAAGUAA